AUGCGCCGCUACUUCUCCACUCGCUCCUCCCGCCGCCUCUCCACGGCAGAAGUGCCCUCUGAAAAAGAUGUCGACGCAAACUCUAACCAACCCUCGGAGGACGUGAACGAUACGCAGACCACGACCGAGGCGACCGCAGUGCCGCCCGCGCCUGUCGCACCUGCGAGCUUGAAGAUCAAGCGCGUCGACCACUACUGGAGCACGUGGUCGAAGUCCUGGAAGUACAGGAACACCGGCUCUGGGAUCGUCGCGGAGGCAGUGCGUCCUGUUGGCAACGGCAGUGACAACGAUCCGUGGGCGAAUUUCUGCUUUGUCGUUGUUCGCAAGAUCCCUGAGCCCAAUAAGCAGCUGGAGGGCGCAGAGAUCACUUUCCAGGUCGUCGUCAAGAGUCCGUACUUGCUGAAGGCCUGCAAGGAGGUCAUAGGCACUGUCCCAGGACUGUCGUGGACGGCCGAGCCGCUUGAGCUCGACCCCCAACUGUUGAUCGCAUUCUUCCCCCGGUUCGAGCAAUACGAGAAGGCCCUCCACGCUAAGGCGCGCACGCCCGAGGAGAACCACAUGUUCGGCGCAGUGGGUGUCCUCCUCGAUUACCUGCGCAAGGACUACCGCGGCACUCUCGCGCGCAUCGCGAGCCUCACCGCACAUGGAGAGAUCACCUUCGACCUCCUCUACGCCAUCCUCGUCCCGCGCACGACCAUCAUCACCGAGUGCCCCGUCACCGGGGAGCCGCGCGCGCUCCAGAUCCUCAGCGCGACGAAGAUCGUGACUCCGAUGUGUUCGCUGUACAGCCUCGUGUGCGAGAGCAUCGACUCGACUGAAGAAGGGGCGCACCCUGGCCGUCGGAGCGAGCAGCCCCCCACGUCUACUAGAGACCGUCUUGCUAAAUUGAGAGCUGCGAGGACGGCGCAGGCCCGAAAGGGGCGCGCUCCUGUGUCUGCUAACGACAACACCCAGACCACUUCGAGCGCGGCCGCCUUGAAUGGCCGUGCAUUUGGCCGGGUGCAGAGCAAGAUCGUCAUCUUCGGGUUCAAGGGGACGGAGAAAAUCAACACACUCGAGGCCUAUCCUAUCCAGUAUCAUUCAGAUCCCGAAGGACUGAAGGCACUUCUUCUGGAGCGUGGACGGAAGUGGGCUUCAUUGAAGGGGAUUCACCACAUGCUUUACACGGGCACGGCCGCUCUCACCGCAAACGUCGGGGGCAGUAAGAAGUUACUCAAGUACAAUGUCGACUCUCGUGUCAUGAUUGAUCGAGGCAACUUCAUCCGACUGAAUCCGAACUAUGAAAUGCCCAAGGCAAACAUCGCACAGUCAGCGCAAGAGCAACAGACUCAACUUUUCUGGGAUCCCAACACGUGUAUGAUUCGGGGUUCCGUCAUUAAUCUCACUUUCCUGUUACUGAUGGCCCUCUAUUUAGCGACAUAUACCAGUCCCAUAGAUCAUAGCGACGGUGUGCCUAUGCUUGACGUCCGUACGAAACAUCAAGAAGAGGAAGCACCUCUGACAGACGAGGAGUACAUCCUCGCGUCUCCUAUUCUCUAUGGCUUCAGUCUCUCUGACAAAGUUUGGCUUGAGUUCAAUGUAGAGUAUGUCCAACCGAUCAAUUGGAACGAGGAAGCGUUCGAGGGACUUGUCCUCGCCGCGGAUCGGAAGAACCUUCUCCGCUCCCUAGUCGACGCGCAUAACGCCGACCUCGGGUUCGACGAUUUCGUGCAAGGCAAGGGCCAAGGAUUGAUCAUCAACCUCUUUGGUCCCCCUGGUGUCGGAAAGACCCUAUCAGCGGAGGCGACCAGCGAACACGUCCGUGCUCCGCUGUAUGUCGUCGGCGGUGGUGAUCUGGGAACGAAAGCGGCCGAUCUCGACGGAGCUCUUGAGCGAGUGUUUGACAUCGCGACGAGCUGGAAGGCAAUCGUGCUCAUUGAUGAGGCGGAUGUCUUCUUGGAACGUCGCUCUCUUCACGACUUGGAGCGCAACGCCAUGGUUGCGGUCUUCUUGCGCCAUGUCGAGUAUUACCGUGGCAUCCUUUUCCUCACAACGAAUCGGAUUACCGCGUUCGACGAGGCCUUCCUCUCCCGUAUCCAUGUCGCCUUAAAUUUCUCCGAGCUCAGCGUCUCGGCCAAGGUCCAGGUCUGGCGUUCGUUCCUCACCAAGGCGGGCGUAUCCGACUUCGACGACGCGCUCGUCCAGAAAAUUGCGGAGCGCGACAUCAACGGCCGACAGAUAAAGAAUGCUUGUCGCACCGCGCAAUCGUUGGCGUUCAGCCGUGGCGAGAGCCUUGGUUUCGCGCACCUUGGUGAAACAUUGGAUGCAAUGGAGGAGUUCACGACUGAGUUUGCUGCUUUGGAUAGGGUUCGAGCAGCAAGUGCCGUGUAG